GUAGCUGGUCAAAUCUAUGUUUAACUGACACACAAUAACGAUAGGACGCCUACAAGAUAAGAGGAACGAGCCGUAAUAUAUCACCGUACCAGGAAGAUGUAUUGUGUCGGUAACUUUAUAAUAGCUAACUUGUUGAUAAGUGUUGGUUUAACAAUAUCUGAAGCGUGUCCCCAAGGCUGGGUACAAGGGCCGAGAAGUUGUUAUUUCUUCAGUCAGUUUGGAGGGACAUGGGCAGACGCCAACAGUGUCUGUCAGGGUUUCCAUGGCAAACUAGCGGAACCAGUUGAGGAAGAUUCUUACCAAUUUCUGUCCAGCGUCUCCAAAAACGAAACAUCGUAUCACAGACCAUUCUUCCUCGGCGGAAGUGACAUGUUUGUGGAAGGCAUAUGGAUGUGGUCAACGACUAAAUCUCUAAUUUCCAAAAUUCACUGGGUCCCUGGAGGACCGCAUGACUCAGUUAAUGACGAGGACUGUCUAACUCUUAUCGAGGGAAGCCUGAAUGACGUCACCUGCACAUCAAACAACUGGUUUAUCUGUGAGCUGGAGUCAGAAGAGGAGAUUCCAGAAGUAAUCGGCUAAUUUGAUAUCGACAAUUGAAUGUGAAUCGCAAUUAAAAUAAACUGCCUGUAUUUUA